AUGAGCAUAAUGAGGAGGAUAUUCUUUGCUCUUCUGGUAGUGAGUGGCCUAAUGGUCCAUUGUAUCCAAGUGAAGGACAAACUAUUUAAAGGCAUAAAAAGGAACACGACAUUUUUAGUACUAAAUGAACCCAUUGUAGAUCUGGGGCUCGCUGAAGGGUUGUUUCACAGUUUGUUGUUUGACUUGGAGGUUGGAGAUAACCUCUACACCUUGGAUGAGAAUUUAUUAAAUCAGAAAAAUUUGAAGCAUACUAAUAUUUUCCACCUCUUAAUGGACAUAUAUAAGCAGGUUGAGAACAGCCAAGGUGGACACGCCAUUCGGUACAUAUUCCUCUGUACAUCUUUCACCAGAGUACAUCCGCUAAACCUGGAGCUUCUUCUGAGAAAAUUUAACAAAUACAUUUACAACGGGCACAGCCACGAAAAAGGGGACAUAGAUGUGGGGGGCAUUCUGAGGGAGUACAAUGAAGAGGUGCAAGCGAAACGAACUGCCUUGAGAGGCAUGAGCAGUGUGAGCGGAAGUAAUAGUGACACCACCGGUAGGAUCCCCGCAAAGGACAUCAUCGAACGCAUGAUGCAAGAUCAAGUGAACUUCCUUUCUAGUGACGACAAGGAAGGGAGCGACCAAUUUGUGAAUCCAAGUGGUACUUACAAAGGGUUCUUCAUUGGCUACGGAUUUAGUAACCAAGUUCCGUCUCAAAUAAGUGGGAACCCAUCGCCAAAUGGGUUCUUCUUCCCUUCCAUAAAUAGCGGAAUUAUAAUGGACAUCAUUCUGUUAAGGCGCAUUUACAACCAUUUGAUUAAAAAAUCCAGCGAGGAGAAUUUAAAGGUGAUAAAAGACAAUGUACAUGAGCUCUCCAAUUAUAUUGGAGAACACCUGCAGGUGAAUCUAACCCCAUUUGAAAAUGCAUGCAUCACUGAUAAGGAUAACGUCUUCCUCGUUGAACACGAAGGGGGAAGCAACUACGACGUGUAUAGGUAUUACCUUGUGAUGCAUCUAUUUAGGGAUUACAAAAAGGAUAAUAAUGUUAACGAGGCAGAUAAUUUGGGGGGGAUAAAUACAAUUAUGAUGAACCCCCCUGGAGAGGAAGGACCAAGAGAUGCUGAACUGGCAGAACUAAUCAUCACAUACUUCAACCUUGCCUACCCUAUAUCUACGUGCGCAAGUUAUUCUAUCCGUUCAAAGAAGGAGGCCUUCGUGGAUUACGACAACUAUCACCUCAUGAGCAUUGAAAAUGAAAUAAAGUUAGAAAAGUACAUCAAGGAAACGGAGGAUGUACACUACAAUUCCAUUGAUGAAUAUAAAACCAAGUUGAAUCAGAUUAAUCAAAAGUAUGAUAUGCUCUUUGAUGAAACUCAACGGAUAUGGAAUUAUAAAAAUAUUCUCCUCGCAGUUGUAACCAGUGCUCAAACGGAACAUCGAAUAGCUCACGUGAAGAACACCUAUGACAAUAAGAAAAAUAUACACCAGGUUUUUAAUUCGUACCAUUCUCACGGGGGGGAAGAUGGUGUCUCUGGAAAAGGAGACGAACAAGAUACAAAAGGAAAUCUCCUCAAUCACGACUUCCUCAAGAGUGCCUUCGAAAAUGAAAAAAUAAACAUGGAAAUAAUUUACUUUUCCGAUAAGGAGAGCAAAGAAUAUGAUGAGACACUUCAUCUGGAGGAGACAGACAAAAAAGUGGACUCUCCAAAUCAUGGAGAAUUGUGGAGAAAGGAAAAAAAUAUAAUUUACUACCUUUAUGAAGAAUACGUAAGGAAAAAUUCUCCAAUAAAUUUUUUUUUCAUUUGUCAUGAUGAUACCUUUGUUAAUGUGAAAACGUUAAUCGAUGUGAUAAACCUAACCCGUAAUGAAUGCACUCAUUCUAAGAGACACAUGUUUAGGAAGUACGUAAAAGCAUUUGAUCACAUGGAUGAAAGGGAAUCCCAAUUUCUAGAAAAUUUUGACAAGAAAUAUUUACAGCUCUAUAGGUACCUGAAAACGAACUUCGUUAAAACGAUUGACGCCUUGAAGAAAUAUGAUUACGUACCGUCUUAUUGUAAAGGCGUGGGGGCAGGCAAAAGUACAUUUGACGGGUCGCCACUCACAAGUGUACCACUUUACAUCGGGAAGAGGUACUCCCACAAUUCCUUCGACGAGGAUGAAAACAGCUUCUUCCACUACUUGGCCGGUGGUGCGGGGAUUGUGCUGAACGCGGAGGCUGUGAAAAAAAAUUACUUCUGCAAGGGAGUAUGCGAUGUAGACCUUCCGUCUGGAAUUGCUCCCCAUGGGAAGUGCGACGUGAGCCUGUUGAACGACGCCGCUAUUGGUCAGUGGGCCAAGGGGUUAGGAAUUGUACCUAUCAACUUCGAAGGUUUCUACCCCAAGGCUCCCGAAGAAUACCCCGCAGAAUAUCUGAACACGAUUACACCCGUUUCUUUUCACAAACUGAAUGAAGGGAAGACUGUUGAAGAAACGAAGGAGGCGUUCUUUCGUCACCUAGUUAAUCCUACCCAACCGAGGAACAAAACGAACCACAAGGAGGAAGACAUGUGUGUAGAUUACCUCGAUAGGAAUUACAAAAACACCAUGGAUAUCAUAUUUCACUUCUUCUUCUACGUUAAUAAGGUGAAAGAAUGCAAACCAGACGAGUCUAUAAUAAAAACAACGGAGCGUAUUUACGACAAAAUGGGGUCCAGUAAAAAAUUUAGUCACCUCUUUGACAUGACUACCUUCUUUACGAGGGACGUGGAAGACAUGCUCUACUUCCAGAAGAGAUCAGCUAGCAAGGGCAACCUUAACAAUAAAAAGGAAAGCAAAGGAACAUACACCAAUAAUUAUGUAGAGCGGAAGGAUGGAACAGCUAGCGGAGAUACACCAGAUGGACAUCGUCAACCUGGAAGGGAAGACAUGAACAACUUUGGUGGAAUGUAUGAGAUGGACGAAGCGGACGACUUGGGGGAGGAAGACCAUCUGUCAUCCAUGGAUGACUUCGGAUCGCUGGACGAUCUGGAUGAAGAGGAACAGUUCGAUGAUGAUGAUUACGACUAUGAAAAGUAUCUAGACGGAAUAGAGGCACAUAAAAAAGGCAGCGGGCGCGUCCCUUCGGAUGAACCCGAGUGGGGUGACGACGGGGACGACAAUUUGAAUCUACCCCCUGAAGCAGGCGAAUUAUAG